AUGAAGAGCAGGGAGAGGGGCACCGCCCUCACGUUCUUCUCCCAGACAUGGAUGGAUACUCCCCAGCUUCUCAAAGCUUCUUCUGACAUCACGGAUUGUGAACUUCUGGUGUCUCGCCAGUCUCUGCAGCUCCUGAAGCGGGCCCAAGUAAAAGUGAGCCCCAAAAGAAUGAUAAGGGACUUCUGUGUCCUCGGAGACAUCGUGAAAUCAGGGAAGGGGAAAUCUGUAAACACUGGCCGUGGAAGAAUACGGUUUCUGAGAAUUUCCACUCUGAAUUCACUUUCAGUUCGGCGUUAUCGCCACCCUGUGGAUGUUUUGGCUACUUUGCUGGCUUUGAGCACAACCCAGGAAGACGUUCAAAACCAAGAAAACAGUGUUUGGCAAGACCAGCAUGCGCAAUGGCAAGAAUUAACCAGUCUGAUGAAAGAAAACAUUAUAAUAUGUAUAGCUCUUCCACGAAAAGGAUUUGCUGACAACUCUGGAAUACAUAAUAGGCGCUCAAUAAAUAUAAGGGAGUAGAUGAAUGAAUUAAAGCUAUCUGUACCUGUUGAUCAUCCACAAUUUAGAUGUCCUAUACCACAUUCCAAUUGAGGGCAAGCCGGGUACGUGUCCUGAAUUUAUAGAACCUUUUGACACAAAGCAACAGAGCCACAGUCAAGACUCAAGUCAAAAGAAAUUCAGACCCAGUUUUGGUAAACAGGCCUCUAAGCAACAAUCUAAGAUUCCCACCUACUGUUCCGGGGUUCCUUGUAGAAAUGAUUACGACUGCAAAGAUCUUAUGAAGUGCUGUGGUACCUUUAGGUGUGGCCUGAGGUGCACACAUGCUCUUAUGGUUGACCCUGUAUUUUUCAAUUCACCGCGACAAUCUAAGGCAUAAAUACUGGAUGGAGAAAUAGAUUCAGAUGGAGGCAUGAUUGAGCUUAUUUUUCUUGACUCAUCUCUACCCAAACAUUACUCUCUCAAGUGUUGUUCUUAAAAUCUUCAUAUUAAAAGCUCAGCAUCAUCUAUUUUUGA